GCUCCUCCGCCCGCGGCCUGCGGAGCUCCUGCUGCCGCUUCCCGGCCCGCUGCCCGGCCGGCCCUUGGCUGCCGCGGGCGGCUCCUCCGGCCUCGCCCCGCUCCCCAGAGGGGCUCCGCCGUGAGCAGCUGCCUGGUAAUCGUUGGUGUGGAGACUGCCACCAGCUGAGGGAUGGAGCGGCGUAUGGAGUUGGCUUUGUAAUUCAGGAAGAUUUCCUCCCAGCAAGCUGGAUGAAGGGUGUAACUGCUAGUGAAGGAGGAUCUUAAAGGAGGUCUGAUGACAACAAAAGCAAAGUCUCCUGUGACAGCAGAAUCUAUAGUUGUCCCUUACGGGCAUGUGAUUGGGAAUGAGAAGUGGAGAGGGUCAGAACUAGCCCAAAGGCUGCAAGGGAAAGUUAGACUCAUCUUUGAAGAUGGCUUGGGACUGGUGGACUUCCAUCUUUCAAACAGAACUUGCAUUUUACUUAUUUCUGAAGCAGAUUUGGUUGCAGGGGAUGAAUUCAAACGAAGAUUGGUUAGGUUCAGAAAUGCCAGCAGUCUUAGGGGAAUUGUAAUCGUAGAGAAAACCCAAAUCAGUGAUCAGUACUACCUAGGAGUACAAAAACUUGUUGUACUCGAACUUGGGAUGGUGUUGCUUCCUGUGGCAAAUCAAGGAGAAGCUUCUCAGCUUAUUAUUCAACUAGUGCGGGAGCAGAGCCGGGAGCGCGGUGCCAAGCCCUUCCUCGGCGGGCAGCGCGGGCGGCCGGCCGAGCCCGCCGUGCUGCAGGCCGUGCAGCGCAUCCCCGGCGUCGGCAGGACGAAGGCGCUGCUCCUGCUGCAGCGCUUCGGGAGCAUCCAGCGCCUCUGCAACGCAGACGUGCGGCAGCUCGAGCGAGCAGUUGGACAAACGGGAGCGCAACAGAUUUAUACUUUUUUACAUUCCUGACGUGCACACGCAGUGGUAUUUUGCAAAACAAAAAUUUGGGAUUUUUCUUCUGAGUUAUAAAAGUUUGGUUUUAAUAAUCACAUGUUUUGCUGAUUUCUGUAAUCAUAGCUAGCAGCAACUGGACUCUGAUGCUUCUUUUUUACAUCUGCUAUAUUCAUAUAGAUUAAGCUGUGCAAAUUGCCUUGGAAAGAAGUCUGUAUUUUGCAUCCAUCCAGAACAAAUAAAAACCAAGAAAGCUGUGUUUUUCAGUAA